UGGUGGCCUGCAGGACUGCUUUGUUUCUUGGCCAUGGAAAUGCCACGGUGGCCUUCAGCUGGCAGUGUUAAAGGUAGAUAAACUCACCGGUCCAGGUGGAUGAUUUACAGCAGCCGGGAGUCGCAGGAACCGCCAGCUGUUCUGAGGACUGAAGCCCGUCGUCGAUUUUUGUAGCGAUACAUUUUCACGGUUAUAGGUCACUUUAUGAAAGCUGCAAUCUGGAUCGCGGCGGCAGAAACAGAAAGAAGAUAGAGGAUUUCUCUAGGUCUUCUCGCGAAAAACUCCUCCAGUCCAAGAACAAGAUGUUCUCAAAAUUCACCUCCAUCCUCCAACAUGCGGUCGAGGCGCUUGCACCGUCACUGCCCUUGCAAGAAGACUUUGUGUACCACUGGAAGGCUAUCACACAUUACUACAUAGAAACGUCAGAUGACAAAGCCCCAGUGACCGACACCAACAUCCCUUCUCACCUGGAGCAGAUGCUGGACAUCCUGAUCCAGGAGGAGGGUGAGAGAGAGUCGGGUGAGACGGGGCCCUGCAUGGAAUAUCUCCUCCAUCACAAGAUUCUGGAGACCCUCUACACUCUUGGCAAGGCUGAUUGUCCCCCAGGUAUGAAGCAACAGGUUCUGAGCUUCUACACUAAACUGCUGGGUCGUAUUCGUCAGCCUCUUUUACCUCACAUCAACGUGCACAGACCUGUGCAGAAACUGAUCCGUCUGUGUGGGGAGGUGCUGGCAGCUCCUACAGAGAAUGAAGAGAUUCAGUUUCUAUGCAUAGUCUGUGCCAAACUCAAACAGGACCCCUACCUGGUUAACUUCUUUUUGGAGAAUAAGGGAAAACGGGGUGACGGUAAAGAACCAGGAGCUGACGGGUUAAAAGAGGACCUGUCCUCUCCAGAUACAGGUCAACAGCAGAGUUUAAGCAUAGGCCUGGAUGGUCCAGCGUCUACUGCACGCAGUCCUGCAGAGGGAGCCAGUGGUUCUUAUAAUAACAGCAGCAAUUAUAAUCUGGUCAGCUCCCUGCUCAACCUCACCAAAAGCCCAGAUGGCCGAAUUGUGGUAAAGGCGUGUGAGGGGCUGAUGCUGCUGGUCAGUUUGCCUGAGGCUGCAGCAGCUAAGAGUCUAACAGAGAGCACAGAACUGUGUCAGCUGCUGACAGACCGCCUCGCCUCCUUCUACCAGGCUCUCCCACAGUCUAUGGAUCCUCUGGACAUAGAGACUGUGGAGUCUGUCAACUGGGGGCUGGACGUUUAUAACCUGAAGGAAGACGCUGCAGCUUUUACAGGGAAGCGUGCACUCAUUUCCUUCCUCUCUUGGCUGGACUAUUGUGAUCAGCUGAUCAAGGAGGCCCAGAAGACGGCAGCUGCAGCUUUAGCUCGAGCAGUGAGAGAGCGCUUCUUUGUGGCUGUGAUGGAGCCUCAGCUAAUGCAAACGUCAGAGGUGGGUAUUUUGACGUCCACGGCGCUGUUGAACAGGAUCAUCAGGCAGGUGACAUCUGAGGCCUUACUGCAAGAGACAGUCUACUUCCUGUUGGGAGAAGAAGUGGGUCCUGAGACAGCUGCCAGCAUUACCCAGAUCCCUCUGAGACACAGGCUCAUAGAGCACUGUGACCACCUCUCAGACGAGAUCAGCAUCAUGACCCUGCGGCUGUUUGAGCAGCUGCUGCAGAAGCCCUGCCAGCACAUCUUGCAGAACCUGGUGCUGCGCAGCCUGGACGAGCGUAACUACAUCGAGAACAAGGCGCAGGAAGAGCGCGAGGAACGCGAGCACAUGGAGAACGGCCAGCCACACGACGCCGUUGAUUUAGAAGAGGACCCACUGUUCUCAGACCUGUCUCCAGACACCAGGCUCUCAAGUCCUGAUUGGCUCAGCUGCUCUCCCCCACAGAGCACAGAACACACAAAGCCUGAUGGGAAAACGGAGGUGCACAAAAUUGUAAACAGUUUCUUGUGCUUGGUUCCUGAUGAAGCAAAAUCAUCUUAUCAAGUUGAAGGCACUGGCUAUGACACUUACCUGAGAGAUGCGCACCGACAGUUUCGGGACUACUGUGGCAUCUGCCAGAGGUGGGACUGGCGAAGCAGCCCUAAGCCCAUUGAGAAGUGUAACCUGGACAGGCCUUUCUUCGAGGGACAUUUCCUCAAAGUACUCUUCGACAGAAUGGGUCGCAUCCUAGACCAACCAUAUGAUGUAAACCUGCAAGUGACAUCAGUGCUGUCGAAACUGUCGCUGCUACCACACCCUCACUUGCACGAGUACCUGCUGGAUCCCUACAUCAACCUGGCACCGGGCUGCAGAUCCCUGUUUGCUGUCAUAGUCAGGGUGGUUGGAGACUUGAUGUUGAGGAUUCACCGUAUUCCUGAUUUCACUCCCAAACUGCUACUGGUGAGGAAGAGGCUGCUCGGUCUGGAGCCAGAAGGCUUGAGUAUUGACCAUGUGACGUUGCUGGAGGGAGUGAUCGUUCUGGAGGAGUUCUGCAAGGAGCUUGCGGCCAUCGCCUUUGUCAAGUUCCACGCCUCCACUUCCACCUCCCCCUCCCCCUGAGCCUCUCCCUGCUGCACCCGGGACACGAGCAUCGCUGGUGCGCCCAAACCGGCACCCAGAGGUGGGCGGCUGACACAGGAACCACAAACUGAACACCAUUCAUCCCUCGGACUGCUGGAGGACACGCUCAUAGUGGGAUUUGAUCCAGGGGAUACUUCCAUGUCUAUGGCCACCCACGCUAAUCUGACAGACAGACCGGCAGAGGAGAUCAGGACGAAGAAAGAGCCCAGAGGUCAGCUUUGACGCUGGGACAAGGAUGUAGUAGCAUUCAUACGCCCGCGUCGUCUCUCGUUCUGUGUCUCUUUCGUCUGUCUUUCGAUGGGGUCAUACAAUAAGCCCCCACCACACCUUCUUUGCAAGACUUCUCUUUCAUUUUUCUUUUUUGUGUUCGUGUUUUAAGCCAUCUGUUCUUGUGUUCCUGUGGCUUUGCACCUGCUGACUUGAGGAAGCAGUCUAUUAUUUAUUCUCUUUAUGAGAUAAUAGUUCUGUAGUAGCUUGAAAAUAUAUAUGUAAUGCCAAAAAUUAAGUUUAAAAGCAGUUGCUUUUUAAAAGCUCUAAUUAAGAGAACCUUAAUUUAACAUGAAAAUUGACACGUUUGUGUGAAAUUGAAAUUUAAAAAAGCUACUGUAGUUACAGUAACAAAUACUAUGCUUACAUUCUGCUUUUUACUUUUUUUUUUUUUUUUUUUUUUUUUUUUUUUUGUUCUUGAGGGAAAUUGGUAGAUAGGCUGAACAAGAAUGCCAAACGGUGGAUCAGACAUUACAAACAGCCUAAAACUUAAUCUGCGAUGUUGCCGUUUAGCAACUCAGGAUUUGAGCUGUUUUCAUACAUAAAGAUCAGCAAACAGACACGCUUUAGUGCUGACAUGACGAUCAACUCGCUAAACAGAACAUAGGCUCUGAACGAAGAGAUCGAUUCGAAAGCGGACUGCGCACAUUUGCACAUGUCACAAAAACCGGAUUCCACUGGAACAUCCCCAGAGAACUGUGCGUCCUGUACAUGUCCCUAACAGUGUUUAUAGACAGUCUUAUUUUCGUGGUUUAACUUUUACUCCACUGCAUUAAUAUUGUGUGAAUGUGUGUGCCUUGUACUUCUCUAGCUGUACUCAUUGCUCUGUUUCUGCGUUUUAAGUUAUUUAUUGAGAUUAAGCUGCAAGCGUAGUUCAAAAUAUUGCUCUGCUUAGGAGAGAAAUGUUAUUAUAGGGGAUCUACUUUUUUUUUUUUUUCCUUUUUAAGCAGUCAUUAUGAAACGUACACCAGCAAUAGUGUUAUCCAACAGGCUCUCUCUUCUCUUCCUGUAAUUCAGGCUUAAGAGUGAAAGUGCAUUUACGAGGUCAGCGAAUGCCAAGCGGUCUGAAACAAGCCGAAAUGGACAGCUGGCGUCGGAAACCCCCUUAAGGCUUGUUAUUAAGCGGAUUGUGGAGGGUUACAACGUUUUGGGAAAUCUACCAUUACAAAUUUUUUGUAGAAAUUCUUUGUAAAACCUUGCAACUUUGAGAAGUUGUGGUGGAUUAUGUGGAGUCGUAUGCAAAAGUUUGGGCGCACCUCCUCAAAUGACAUGUUUUGUUGAUGAAGUAAAAAUGAGUCCUGACUGUUUGCUGACUUUAGCAUAUUGAAGCGGGUGGCUCUUUCUGCCACCUAAAAUAUAUAGCUUCUUAAGUAAUAAUGAAAGUUUCCCAUAGUAAUGACUUAGUAUCUCAUAAUUGACUUGCUAUGUCAUAAUAAUUAGAUCAUACUUACUUAGCAUCUCAUUAUGAAUUACUGUUAUAAUCAAAACAAUGAAGUUCUGUGACUUGGUAUCUCACAAGUUUGACUAUCUCGUAAUAAUGAGGCCCUGUCUCAGAAUUAUAACUUAGCAAAUCACAAUAUUGAGAUACUAUCUUAUAAUAAUGAGAUCUCAUAACAUGAUAGUAUGUGUUAAUUAUGAGAAGUAUUAUGAGAUCUUAAGUAGAAACCAGACCAGACCAAAAACAGGUUUCCAUAGCAAAUGAAUAAAAAAUUGUGCAGAAUCAAUUUGCAGCAGUGUGCUUUCACUUAGAAAAUCAACUAAACAUGUCACUUGACCGGAGGUGUUUCAAAUGUUUGCAUGCCACUAUAUCCAUCACUCUGAGCCACACUCAUCUAUGUCCCUCUACCUUACGCAAUACUUGAUCCAGGAGUAGAAAGUUGAGUGAUUUGCACAUUCACAGUAGACAUUCUACUUUUUAUGUGUUAAGUGUAUUCGUACAUUUAAACGUUUUUAUUUUCAUUUUAUUUCCUUUACAAACCAAAGGGUGUAUCACAUCAGAGUGACUUGUUCUGUUGUGGAGAUCUUUUUAUUCUCAAUCUUGCACGUUUUUUUGUUUUUUUUUACCAGCUAAAGCUCCGAAGCUUUCUCUGUUUAUGUAUAUACGUGUACAGCGAUAGCCGUAGUGCUGUCUGGGUGUAAAAUGCAUGCAAGCUCAUUCAUUGCAUUUUGGUGUGGUAAGUAGUAAAUGUCCCCUUUACGUUUC